AAGAUCAGAAAGAGCCGAAGACGUCGGCUCUGUCAUGUGAUCAUCUGUGUCCAAGCAUAGCUGAUCACAUGGUACAUGUACACUGAUCAUCAGGGCACUGAUGAUCAGUGUGCCCUGAUUAUCAGUGUAGCCCCAUCAGUGCCAUCUGUCAGUGUCCAUCAAUGCCACCUGCCAGUGCCCAUCAGUGUCACAUCAUCAAUGCCACAUAUCAGUGCCUACCAGUGCACAUCAAUGCCACAUAUCAGUGCCCAUCUAAGCUGCCUUUCAGUGUCACCCAUCAGUGCCAGUCAGUGCCGCCUAUCAGUGCCCAUCAGUGCCGCCUAUCAGUGCCGCCUAACAGUGCCAUAU